UGACGUCUCCCUCCUGAGCAAUGUGUCAAUCGCGGGCUCCGUGCUGCAUCUCAGUGCACGGCAGGAGCUCAGUGCCCACUGUUUGUCCUCGUCUACUGUGGGUGCAAUGGAUGGUGCAUUUGGAUCUGUUUCUAUUGUCUCUGAUAAAAAUGAUAUAAUCGCACUUGGAGAAGAACAUCCUGAAGAUAAAGUUUACCAAAAGAAAGUGCAGGAUAUCAGUCGAAAAUAUGCCUACUUCAGAAAAACACUUGGUGAUGGCAACUGCUUUUAUCGAGCACUAAGUUUUGCUUACUUGGAAUCGUUACUUGGAAGUAAAAAGGGAAUACAAAAACUUAGAAAGAAUUUAAUGCGAAGUCGAGAAGAACUUUCAUCUGCUGGAUUUGCUGAAAGCAGAUUUGAAAAUUCAUUCACCACAUUCAUGGAUAUGAUUGACCUGGUGGAAACAGAUGGUUCGGUUUCAAAACUUCUUGCUGCUUUCAACGACCAUGGUGUUUCAGAUCACCUAGUACAAUACCUUCGACUGCUAACAUCUGCAUACUUGCAGAAACGGUCUGAGUUCUUUGAACUUUUCCUUGAGGGAGGUGUAAGUGUUAAAGAUUUCUGCACUCAGGAAGUGGAACCAAUGGCUAUAGAGAGUGAUCACAUUCAUAUCACCGCGCUGACGCAAGCACUGAGUUUACCAAUCCAAGUGGAAUAUAUGGACAAAACGGACACUGAAGUUAAUCAUCAUGUCUUUCCUGAAGGAGCAAGACCUUUAGUUUACCUACUUUACAAACCAGGCCAUUAUGACAUACUUUAUAAAGCAAAUAAACCAAAAUAGUCUUCACCUUGCCUUGUGAAAUCCGUCAGUUAUAGUGCUUGGAACAGGGAUGAGGGAAGAGAAACUCAUUUUUGAUAAAUUUAUGAUCACAAUCUUUAAACCACCUUUCUGCACAAUACAAAAUGAAUGUACAUUCCUCAUGAAAAUGAAAGAGUUAAUUUAGUAUUGUUGUCAUAAUUAUAAAGCAUGGUUGUAAUCUACUGUGUAUAAAUAUCUGUAUCUUUCAAUAUAGCAAAUAAUCCAUUCCUGAUAGUGGCUUUUUCUCCUUUUUCCUUUCAAUAACCAUUUCU